AGCGUAGUGCCCAGCGGAAGGAAGGCUAGUUUAUUAGUGGAGUAUCAUCAUUCUCAUCGUCAGAAAAGCUCUAUGGGCCAUCAUCAUCCGAAAGCCUUCCUACCUUAAAAUUGCAAUUCUCCAAGAAUCUCUCUUUCUCUUUUUCUUUCUUCUGUGAAUUCUCUUUUUGAAGUGGUUUCUGGGUUUCUAUAGUGGUGUAGAGUGGAUAUGGCAGUGCUGUCUCUUAGUUCGUUGCCUUUGGGGUUCAGAUUCAGGCCAACGGAUGAGGAAUUGGUGAAAUUUUACUUGAGAUUGAAGAUUAAUGGAAAUGAUAAAGAUGUCAGAGUCAUUCGAGAACUCGAUGUCUGUAAAUGGGAGCCCUGGGAUUUGCCUGAUUUAUCGAUCAUAAAGACAAAUGAUCAAGAAUGGUUCUUUUUCUGUCCGCUUGACCGCAAGUAUCCGAAUGGGCACAGAUUGAACAGGGCUACAGAGAAAGGCUACUGGAAGGCAACUGGAAAGGAUCGCAAAAUCAAGUCUGGGAACAACUUGAUUGGAAUGAAGAAAACUCUCGUCUUCUACACUGGACGAGCUCCUCGUGGUACCAGAACCCAUUGGGUCAUCCAUGAGUAUCGUGCAACAGAGGAAGACCUUGAUGGCACUAAACCUGGACAGAGCCCAUUUGUCAUUUGUCGUUUAUUUAAGAAACAAGAUGACAGCGUUGAAGGUUUGAAUUCGGAAGAACCAGAAGCUACUCUUUCUUCUCCUACUGCAGCGCAAUCCUCUCCGGAAGUUGCAGAAUCCGAGCUAGCAUUGCCACAAGCAUCUCCAGUAAAUGGAUCACCCUUCAACAUUCUGCCUUCUAAUGAGUGCUUUAACGCCUGUCAAUCGGGAGAUCAAACAGUAGAUGCAGCCACGCUUGAGGAGGAUACACAGCUGGAAGAAGACUUGAAUUGGUUUGUCCAACCACCUGAGCCUCUAGAUGACAAACUUUUUUCUCCGCUGCAUGCACAAGUACAAGCAGAAGUGGGUUGUCCGUAUUACUCCAUCGCUAAUGACUGGAGCAACUGUACCAGUGGGGUGCAAUCUCAUAAUGGCACUAAUGAAAUAGAUGCUGCCUAUGUAACUAAUUUCCUGAAUGACAUCCUUCAGCAGCCAUCUGAGUAUGGUUGUGAGGAGUCUGACAGCAUUAAGAAUAUUGCCUUAGAUGAGUGUCCUGAAUCUUAUACUGGAUUAGUGACCCGAACUUUGCUUGAAGAGGAGUUGCAAGGUCCUGUGUGGCCUGAGGAGGAUAUUGACAUAAAGCCACCUUUACAUGUGGAAACAAUCCCAGAAGAUAGCAGAUCUCUAAUUUUUAAUCAUAACAUUGUUGAACAGCAUUCAUUGCAUAAUGAAUUAUAUGGAAGCCAAAGUUUUGCAUCAAGUUCUGCUGCAGAUCAAUUAACUAGUUUCAAAAAAAUAAGGAGCCAUAUGAAUCAAAUUGGCAGCAGUGAGAGUGUUGGAACUGGAAUCAGGAUUAGGGCUCGGAAUUCACAAAAUUUACCAAAUGCUGGGAGCACUGCCAUGCAGGGUCUUGCAUCAAGAAGAAUACGUCUGCAAUGUAAAUUACAAGUUCAGCCACUUCAUUUUGGUGGAAAGCUAGAAGAAUGUAAAUUGGAACAUGAUGUGCUAGAGGAGUUGAAAACAAGGGAAAAGGAUACUGCUGUCGGCGAUGGUGGUUGUAGUACCAAGGAUGAACAUGAACUGCAGACACUUUCCCCUUCUGAAAGCUAUAAAAUCUCUGAGGAGCUGAUGCCUAACGUUGGACCCAAUAAAAGGCUGAGGAGCCAUGCUUCAUUGCUCAAAAAGCUUCAAUCCAUGUUCUCGAAGGCUUCUUCCACCGGUCCUCCUAUUUGGUCUAUUGCUAUAUUUGGAGUAGUUUUCAUAGUAAUUUUGCUACUGAUCUUAGUGAGCAAGUGGCAUUGCCUUAUUUUUGAGACUGCUUAGGGACCUUGUAUCUUCAUGUAGUUUCAUUCCCCCCUCAUUUUUUUUUCUUUUUAUCUUUAUUUUUUUUGGGGGUGGGGAAGUUGUGAUUAGCAAUUGGGCGUAUGAAAUAGAUUUGCUAGGUUUUCUAUUCUUGUAUAUCUAAAUUUGUUAGUUAAAUAUAUGUUCUAACUGAGUCUUCCCGUUUA